GGGCGUGGUGCGGCCUGCGGGGUGGGGUGUCAGAACGGUGACGUGCGUGUUGCCGGGACACCACAAAGGGACCGAGACCACGCCAGCAGCCAUGGGGCAGCUGCUCUGCAAGGACAUAGGCACAAAGGAUUCGGCACAAGACUUCACCAAUGAGAAACAAACCAUUCCUACACCCCGCAUUUCUGUGACACCGCCCCUGGAUGAAUGCACUGAAGCAAUGUCAAUGGAAGGUCCUCCCACCAAGGCAGCAACCAGCGGGGGAGCUGGGCAGAGCCAGGAGCCAGACAGCGGGGCGAACAAGGAGAAGCCAUGACCCACAGGCAGAGGCUGCUCAUCGCCCACCAUGACUCCUGCGUGCUCACGGACAGGGAGACCACCAGAGCCCAUCCUUGAGCCUGGCCCUCCCCAGCUGGGGAGGAGCCGGGCAAUAAAAGCGAGUGCUUAGAACGAGGAGGUGGCUGAUGACAGAACGGCGAUUCGGGGAGCGGGGGCCGCCCGGCCGAGCGCAGGCCUGCAGGCCUGCAGGCCGCGCGUUGCCUAGCAACCGUUGCUGGGGCCCAGCGUGAGCGGCAGGGCCGAACGGCGCAUGCGUGAGACUGGGGGCUUGCCAGAGCGCAUGCGUACAGUGGGCGGGAAGUGGUGUGCGCAUGCGCCUCACAACUAUGGCGGACGGAGACCGCGCUGAGGGAGCUCCGGCUGAGAGUGAGGUGGAACCGCUGCGGUUCCAGCGGCUGUGGGGAGAGGGCUACUUCGAGGUGCCGGCGUCUGAGCGGCUGGGGAAAUGCCGGAGCGUGAAGGAGUUUGAGAAGCUGAAUCGGAUCGGAGAGGGCACCUAUGGCAUCGUGUACCGUGCCCGGGACACUGUGACAGAUGAGACUGUGGCACUGAAGAAGGUGCGGAUGGACAAUGAGAAGGAAGGAAUGCCCAUCAGCAGCCUGCGGGAGAUCACCCUGCUCCUGGAGCUCCAGCAUCCCAACAUCGUGGAGCUGAAGGAGGUGGUUGUGGGGAACCAUCUGGAGAGUAUUUUCCUGGUGAUGGGCUACUGUGAGCAGGACCUUGCCAGCCUUCUUGAGAACAUGCAGACACCUUUUUCAGAGGCUCAGGUGAAAUGCAUCAUCUUGCAAGUCCUCAAGGGUCUGCAGUACCUUCAUGAGAGGUACAUCAUCCACAGGGAUCUGAAGGUGUCCAACCUGCUCAUGACUGACAAAGGCUGUGUGAAGAUAGCGGAUUUUGGUCUGGCACGUACAUAUGGGAUGCCACCACAACCCAUGACCCCCAAAGUCGUCACGCUGUGGUACCGAGCACCCGAGCUGCUGCUAGGAGCGACGACACAGACCACCAGCAUUGACAUGUGGGCUGUGGGCUGCAUCCUUGCUGAGCUGUUGGCUCACAAGCCACUGCUGCCAGGCACCUCUGAGAUCCACCAAAUAGACCUCAUCGUGCAGCUCCUGGGGACACCCAAUGAAAACAUCUGGCCGGGCUUCUCCAAGUUGCCCCUGGUGAGUCAGUACACGCUGCGGAAACAGCCUUACAACAACCUCAAGCACAAGUUCCCCUGGCUCUCCGAGGCCGGGCUGCGUCUUCUCAACUUCCUCUUCAUGUACGAUCCCAAGAAGCGGGCAACGGCAAAAGACAGCCUGGAUAGUUCAUACUUCAAGGAAAAGCCCCUGCCCUGUGAGCCAGAGCUCAUGCCCACCUUCCCCCACCAUCGCAACAAGCGGGCAGCCAGCGCCAGCACAGGGGCUGAGAGCCAGGCAAAGCGUGCCAAGCCCUGAGCCCUGUCCAGAAGGAGGAGGUGCAGGGAACUCAAGCAGGGAUUGCCGUUGCCAGGGCUGGGCACUGGCUCCUGCCCCGCUGCUGGCCAGGCACACAGCUCUCCUUGGCGAUGCAGUGCUGGGUGCUGUCACCUCAUGGGAUGGCUCCUGGCCAUGUUGCCCCAGUCCCUCAGCAGUUGCAUUUAGGGGUAUUGCCUUGGUUACCAAUGCCCGUGCUCAGCCCCGUGCAGAGCUUCUCAUGCUGGGAACAUCCACAGCCUUCCAGCCCAGCAGAGCCCAAGCAUUGUGUAGUGCUGGCUUCCUUCUGCCCUGGAGUGAGGGGGCAACAGCCUGGAGCUGUGAGCACAGCACGGGGUGGGUUUCAGCCUCCUCCCCUGGGGGUGGGAUGGAGGCAUGGACUGAAAGGGGGGGGAGAUGGGGGUUUGGUACAGAGAUGCUGGUAGUCUGGCAGGACCAGCUCUGGCCUGUACUGGCUGCGUGGUGCAACCCUGACUCACUGUCAAUAAAAACAGCUGCAAAGGGCAGUGGUGGUGAAAAAUUCCCUAGGCCAUAGAAUCACAGAACGGCUUGGGGUGGAAGGGACCUCAAGUUCCAACCCCCCACCACAGGAAGGGCCACCAACCUCUACAGCUGUUAGCAGACCAGGCUGCCCAGGACCCCAUCCAACGUGGUGAUGAACAGUGCCAGGGAUGGGGCAUCCACAGCCUCUCUGAGCAGCUGUUCCAACACCUCACCACUGUGUAAAGACCUUCCCUGACAUCCAACCUAAACCUGCCUUCCUUGACCUUAAAACCAUUCCCCCUUGUCCUGUCAUUGUCUACCUGGGUAAAAAGUCAAUUCCCUUCCUUUUUAUAAUCCCCUUUUAAAUAUUGGAAGGCUGCAAUGAGGUCUCCUCACAUCCUACUCUUCACCAGGCUGAAGCCCAGCUCCCUCAGCCUGUCUUUGUAGGGGAGGUGGCCCAGGCCUCUGUUCAUCUUAGUGGCCUUCCUCUGGACCCUUUUCAACAGCUCCACAUCUUUCCUGUACUGGGGGCUCCAGACCUGGACACAGUGCUGCAGAUGGGGCCUCACCAUGGCAGUGUAGAGAGGGACAAUCCCCUCCCUGUCCCUGCUGCCUCUCUUCUUCUGAUGGAGCUCAGGAGACCCUCAGCCUUCUAAGCUGCGUG